AUGUCCGGCCGUGGUAUCGAUAGUCUCAAGAAACGCGCUAAAUCUAAGUCUCGUAGCGAACGCGCUGGUGUACAUUUCCCUGUUGGAAGAAUUCAUAGGAUCCUUCGAAAAGGAAAUUAUGCAAGUCGGAUUGGAUGCGGCUCAGCAGUUUACCUGUCAGCAGCUUUAGAAUAUUUAACUGCAGAAAUUUUAGAAUUGGCGGGAAAGGCAGCAACUGACAAUGGUAAAAAUAGAAUUUCUCCUCGCCACAUUUUGUUGGCUGUGAAAAAUGAUGAUGAGUUAAGUAAAAUGCUGGAAGGUGUUACAAUAUCACAAGGGGGUGUUAUACCAAGAAUCCAACAAGAGCUACUGCCAAAGAAGACUGCUAAGCAAGCAAGCAAAUCUCAUACAACAAAUGGUUCUUCCCAGGAAUAUUGA